CUAUACGGCAGCGCCCACGUCGCCUUCCCCUGGGCCGGCAAGACGCAGCGGAGCAGGCUUUGGAGAAAAUGCAGCGAGCCGGCAUAAUAGAACCCUCUGAGAGCCCCUGGGCAUCACCAGUCGUGAUGGUGCCGAAGAAAGGGGGUGAGUGGCGCUUCUGCGUGGAUUAUAGGAGGCUUAAUGACGUCACCAAGAAGGACUCCUACCCCCUUCCACGCGUGGAUGAAUGUCUGGACCUAGUAGCUGGCUCUUCCUGGUUCUCGUCCUUGGACUUGAGGAGCGGCUAUUGGCAGGUCCCCCUGGCCGAAGAGGCCCGGCCCAAGACCGCGUUCUGCACUGGAAAGGGGCUGUGGCAGUUUAAAGUGCUCUGUUUUGGACUGUGUAACGCGCCUGCCACAUUCGAACGGUUAAUGGAGAGGGUGUUAGCUGGGGUUCCACACACAGAGUGCCUGGUGUAUUUAGAUGACAUUCUGGCCCAUGGCAACUCAUUUGAUUCGGCUAUGGCCGCACUGCGCAAAGUUAUGAAAAGGAUCAAGGGGGCUGGACUGAAGUUACACCCGGACAAAUGCAGGCUGCUGUGCAGGGAGCUGACCUUUCUGGGGCACCGAAUAGGCAGCGAGGGUAUCGGCACAGUGGAAGAAAAGGUGCGUGCCAUACAUGAGUGGCCCACCCCGACAGACCAGAGGGGACUAAAACGUUUUUUAGGUUUAGCUUCCUAUUACAGGAAAUUUGUGCGUGGAUUUUCAGGCAUUGCUGCCCCCCUGUACAGGCUACUGCAGAAGGACCAGCCCUUUGUGUGGGCAGAGGACUGUAAAUAUGCAUUCAACACCCUCCAGGAGGCUCUGUCAAGCGCACCCAUCCUGGCAGCCCCUGACCCCGAAGUGCCUUUUGUUCUGGACACAGAUGCCAGCGGCGAUGGAGUGGGGGCAGUCCUAUCGCAGGCAUGGCCGGAAGGGGAGAGGGUUGUGGCCUACUACAGCAAAGCCCUGAAUAAAGCUGAGCGGCGGUAUUGCGUCACACGUAGGGAGAUGCUUGCUGUCGUCUUUGCCGCACGGCAUUUUAAGUACUACCUGUGUGGCCGCCCCUUCACUGUACGCACUGAUCAUGCCUCACUACAGUGGCUGAUGACAUUCCGAGAGCCGGAGGGACAGCUGGCUCGUUGGCUGGAGGAGCUGCAAGGCUACGAGUUCAGCGUGGUUCACCGCGCUGGAGAACGGCAUGGCAACGCGGACGCACUGUCCCGUCGACCCUGCACUGAAGACGGCUGCCGGUAUUGUGACCGCAGAGAGGCCAGAGAACAGCAGCUGGUUCUGGGGCCAAACAAGCGGGACAGAGAAGAGUGUGAAGAGACUGGCAUGGCUUGUAGAGAGCUGCUGGUGGUGGACAGUGCUACCUGGGCCGCUGAACAGCAACAAGACCCGGAUAUGCAGCCUGUGAUGCUGUGGGUGGAGGCGCGGCAGCGGCCACCCUGGGAGGAGCGAGCAUGGUUAGAGCCAGCGUCGGGAGAGAAAAAGUGGCAGACGGUGGUGCCCAGAGGGAUGCAGGGGGCUGUUCUCAAGGCCAUGCAUGGCUCUGCAGGCUCUGGUCACUUUGGGGUGACCAAAACACUCCGGCGGGUCCGUCAAGCCUUCUAUUGGGGGCGGCUGAGGAGAGACGUUGAGGACUUUUGUCGGUGCUGUGAUGUCUGCACUGCUCGCAAAGGACCACCGGGCCAGUCCAGGGCUCAGCUGCAGCAGUUCCCAGUGGGGGAGCCCAUGCAGCGGCUAGGGGUAGAUGUGCUGGGGCCUCUCCCACUCACAGACAGAGGCAAUCGCUACAUACUCGCUACUGUGGAUUAUUUCACUAAAUGGCCUGAGGCCUAUGCCAUUAAGGACCAGGAGGCCGAGACCAUUGUUGAUGCCCUAGUGGAGGGGAUAAUCAGUAGGCUGGGGGUGCCAGAGUCAAUCCAUAGCGACCAGGGGAGAAAUUUCGAAUCAAAGAUUUUCGCCACAAUGUGUACACGUCUGGGCAUCACAAAGACCCGUACAACACCACUCCACCCCCAGAGUGAUGGAUUAGUGGAAAGAUUCAACCGCACUCUGGGCGAACAGCUAGCUAUCCUGACUGCCGACCAUCAGCGCGAUUGGGAUAUGCACUUGCCCCUGGUCCUGAUGGCGUGUCGCACUGCAGUCCAUGACUCCACUUCAUGUACACCGUCCCUCCUCAUGUUGGGCAGAGAGUUGAGGACGCCAGCGGAGCUGGCCUUUGGACGACCCCCGGAUGCACCGCGGGUCCCUGCGGGCCCAGACUACGCCAGGCGACUACAGGACCGCUUAGACUCGGCACAUGCGUAUGCCCGCAGGCAAAUGCGUAGUGCGGGCGUGCGGCAGAAAAGAAAUUAUGAUGUCCGUGCCAAGGGCCGACACUUCGCGGCUGGGGAGCUGGUGUGGACCUACACUCCUAAACGGAAGAAAGGCAGGUGCCCUAAGCUGGAUAGCCACUGGGUGGGGCCGUGUCUGGUCCUGGAGCGGCUGGGAGAGGUCGUCUACCGAGUGCAGAUGCCUGGCAGGGGGCGCCGGGUGGCGUUACACCGGGACAGGCUGGCGCCUUACCGGGGCAUUGCCUCCCCUCAGACAGCUGGGGAAGAGGAGGAAAUGCCUUGGAUGCCCGUCGUAGCAUCACCUAACCGGGAAGUCGCCGCAGGUAGCCCGGGGGACACCGCAAUCGUCGUGGCCUCGAUGGCGUUCUCCACCGGCACUCUGGCACAGGGAGCCUUUGGGAAGGUGUACAAGCAGAAGUACAACGACACCUGGGCUGCAAUAAAGAAGGUUCCCCAACACCUCAUCAACGGGAAGGACCUGGAGAGAGAGUGUGAGGUGUACAAAGAUAUUGUCCAUCAAGACCUCAAGCCUGACAACAUCAUGACAAACAGAGCCGUCAUCAUUGACCUUGGACUGGCAAAGUUCUUCAAAUUUGGCCUCAACUCUGCCAUGGACGGGGGGAUCCCGGCCUACUCGGCCCCCGAGGUGCUGCAGAGGGGCACCUAUAGGGACCAGCGCUCAGACGUGUGGGCCAUGGGGAAGAUCAUCGCAGAGCUCUGCGCCCGCAUCCGACUUCACACGCUCAGCGUCUGCCCCGCCAAGAUCAAGGAGGUCAUGGGGGAUCAGCCGUACUGCAAUUCCGUGUGUAGGAUGGUGGACCCCAACCCGUCUCUCAGGGCUUCCGUUGGCGGGGUCAUGCACGAGAUUCGAAAGGCUGCAGGCGCAAGCGCGGCCAUCAAUACGGAGGUUCAGAAGGACCACCUCAAGCCACCUCAAGUUGAUGUAAAAAUCCCGUCCCCGGCGGACCAAGGUGCACCUCAAAGGGCCGGGGACAAGAACCAACAAACAGCUUUGGUCCCGGCCGGCGAAUCCGAGCUGACCCGAGACUUAGAAAGGAUGAUUCUGUACCAGGAGGUCGCCAUGGAUCUGCCCUUUAACCUGCCAAACACGGGCCAGGUGAUGAUGCAGCGCUUUGAGGAGAAGUAG